UGCAAUCUUUUUGCUCGACAUUUAUUGUAGUACGUGAGAAAUGUUCCGACAAGAACAUUAUUCAUCGUUUGAUAAAAAUGAAGAUUUUACUACUAUUUUUGGUCUGUAGUUUUAUAGGUGAUUCCAUCACCGAACCAUAUCGGCAUUUGAAUGCGCAAGAUCUUGAUCCAUCCAGAAACGAAUAUCUGCAUAUCAUUUUGUACAUACCAGAAAUCAGACGAAGCCCUGAAAGUGUCUCACCAACAGAAAACUCUCGAUUGUACAGAUAUCGUGAAAACGAUGAGAACACAGGCAUCGAUCCAUACAGAACAAAUAAUCAUCAGUUACGAUUGAACUAUAAUCAACAAAGAACCGAAGGUCGAUUUCCAAGUUCCGCUCAAGGAAACUAUUUUCAAACAAGUACCAAAGCGCCAUUGACAACUACAGCUCAAAAUGUUCCAGAUAAUAAAGCCGCCCGAACUGUUGACUAUAAAGUUUCACAAGGUUCACAAAAAUUCAUGAUCGGUUUGUUCAGUAAAACAGCAGACACAUUCCGCAACCAGAAUGCCAAUUUUAUGGUGGCUCCAUUUUCCAUUUGGUCUCUGAUGCUAUUGUUGGCCGAAGGUGCAACCGGUCAGUCAUUCGAUCAAUUGAAAGAAGCCCUUGGUAUUCCGCAAAACUUAACAGAAUUAAGGAACACAUAUGGACAUAUUGAACGUACCUUAACUGGAAGUUCGGCCAUUGAAUUGGAGAUGAGCCAAGCUGUCAUUUAUGACACAAAUCGUCCGAUCAUUCCUGAAUAUAGACAAGUUGUGGAAAGUGAAUAUAAAGCAGAUCUAUUGCCAGUCAAUUUUGUAAAUACACGCGAGGCGGCAAAGGUUGUCAAUGAACAUAUUCGCUUGAAAACACAUGAUAAAAUUCAAAAUUUUUUGGAGCCCUCAGAUUUGACCGAUGUUCAACUGUUGCUCGCUUCUGUAAAUUUCUUCAAAGGAAAAUGGAAGUUCCCAUUCCUUAUUGAACGUACAGUCGAAGAGGAAUUUUUCCGGGAUGGCGGCGAAUCGGUUGGCAAAGUUCCGAUGAUGGUUCAACGUAGCUUCCUUCCAUCUGCAAUGAUUAAUGACUUGAGGGCAAGCGUGCUUGAAUUGCCGUACGGUGAUGAUGGUCAGAUUUGUAUGUGGUUGAUUUUACCGUACUAUGAUACAACCUCUUCUGCAAUACUGGAAAAAUUGAACAAUUACGAUGUUGCGAAAAUUAAUCACGCACUACACAAAUUUGACGGCAACGCAGACUAUGAACCAAGUGAAGUUGUAUUGAGUUUGCCGCGUUUCAAAAUCGAAUCAAAUUUCGAUCUUACAGAAGUUCUUAAGCAACUUGGCAUUUCUCAUGUUUUUGACUCAGCCAAGGCCAAUCUCCCAAAAAUUAGCAAGGAAUUUCCACACAUUUCUCGAAUCUCACAUAAAGCUGUUAUUGAUGUAAAUGAAGCGGGUACUAUUGCAGCGGCAGUAGCUGGUGCUACUGUAUCUUUUAAACAACUUCCCAUCGAAUUCAAAUUCAAUCAUGCAUUCAAUUUUAUGAUUGUCGACCGAUCAACGAACACCUUGCUCUUCGCUGGACAAGUACAGGAUCCUCUUAAGUAAAUAAAUUGUGAUACAACUGUUUCAUUUAUAUUUCCAAUUCAUCUGAAGAAAAAAAAGAACUAAAUGCAAAUUAUAUAUGUAACGAUAAAAUGUCCCACUUCGAAAUCAUUUUUGAAUAAUUAAUUUCUGUCGAUUUUAUGAUUAAUUUGAUGAGAUUUAUUGAACACUACAUUGAAGUUUAUGAUAUAAUAAUAUUUUACAAUAACAAAAUAUAAAGUAAACACUCUGCUCUCCACAAAAUA